UGGAGAGUGAGCUAUGCCUGCUCUCACACAAACAGAGAGAGCAGAUCAAACCGAUCAGAUGCUUGACGGCAGCAGACUAACAAGGAUGAAGAUGGCAGUAAGACUCAUGAGUUGCUGUGUAGUUCUGCUCCUUGCCCUGACCUCUGAAUCAGCUGUAUGCAAAAAGCUCAAUUCAAUCAGUGAUUUAAAGAAAAUCAACUUUGGCCAAUCUGUGCCCAAACACAGUCUUAUGCUGCUCCACUGGUUUGCCAACGAAGUUGACCUUGACAAUAACAAUGUCAUAUGGCUGACCUUCAACCCAAACAAUGGAGAUUAUGGCUCACAUCAUUAUGGCAACUAUGAGGGGGUGUUGGACCCACUGCCUCGAGGAAACAUCAGAUACCGGUACUACACUGUUGGUAAUCUCUAUCAAGACACGUCCGUGCGACUUCCAUCUUAUGUUGUCAAUUCCCCAAGAGAGUACGCAGGAGGAAACAGGGACAGGAUCAUAAUAAGAGUCCAGGAGCAGAACACAGGACGGGCAGCUUUGCAGAGGAUAGACCAAGUGUACAUCACACAGCAUUAUGACACUUCUGAAGAUCUGGGGACAUCUUAUGAUCCGGAUCAUACCUACCAGAUCACUACUAACCUCUUAAGACAGAUCAGAGAGUUUUCUUUGAGAGACAACCAAAUGCCACUGCUGUAUCUCAGAAACCGCUUCAGAAGUAAUGCUGAUGAUUUAAGCAUCAGAAACACAUGGGGUAAUCUUGCUUGCCUUGGACUGCUCUUGUUUAUUGUGAUCGAGGAAAAGUACUCCUCCAACCAACACAACAACAGACCAGGAAACAGCAACAGACCAGGAAACAGCAACAGACCAGGAAACAGCAACAGACCAGGAAACAGCAACAGACCAGGAAACAGCAACAGACCAGCAAACAACAAUAGACCAGCAAACAACAACAGACCAGGAAACAACAACAGACCAGGAAACAACAACAGACCAGCAAAGAUCAGCAGCAGACGGGAAAUCCACUACAGACCAGAAAACGACUACAGAUCAGAAAGUAGACAAAGUCACUGUGGUUGUUGUGGUUUGGUAAUCUGCUGUUUUUUAGCACUACUUUUGGUUUCGUUAAUAAUUUUUUUGUGCGUCUAUUUUACAAUGAGGUGAGGAGAAACAGGGGAGAGCAAUGCUGCUAGACAUUGUUUAAACCGACGUGUGAGGUGGUGCUUGGAAAGGAUGAUGAGGACCAGCACUACUUAUAAGUCAACUGGGAACAAUGAAGUUAUGCACGGAGCCAGGACAGUGACUUUAAAUUCUGGCAUUGAAAACAAAACCUAAACUGAAAACAGAAACAUUUGUAUUAAAACACCUGUGUUUGAAAAAAAAAAAUAUUGGCAUAGAAAAAAGUUCCACUAAAUGAUCAAUGGUCUGAUAAGGACAGAAUCAGAGAACAGAAUUGAUAAUGUAUCAUUUCAAUCAUGGUUUUGUAUUCCUUCUGUAGUGUUGACAUUGUGUGUUUAUCAAAUCAUACUCAAGUCACUUUUAAUGUCUAAGAGAACUUCCAACUAAAUUAAUGAAUGUGACAAACUUGUUUAUUAUUGAUUAUGCACUUACAAUCUUGUUUUGAUAUUGUUUCCGUUCUGAUGUGACAAUCUUCUUUUUUUUUAUUCAUGUCAGUCUUCUCUCUCUGACAGUUUUCUUUCACACUGACAGUUUCUAUUUAGAGUCACUGCUUUGGUGUGAAGGGGAGGAGCUAGGAGAGUAUGCCAACACGCUUGUGAUCAGAGGCCCCCAGUUAAACCCACUCAUCUCAAACUGUGAACCGUAAAAGGCUGAGAGACUUCAGAAUUUCAGUCUUACCUCGUCAGUCCUCACAUUUCAUUCAGACUACAGGACCAGAGUAAAAACUAUCAGUGAUGAGCACAUCUUAAAGGUGUCGGAAAUAAGUUGGUGUCAUGUUUGCUUGGACUGAAAACCUGCAGACUUUGUACUUGGCUGAUGGAGAGUGCAAACUGCUGUGAUGAACAAAUGAAACAAAUGAAUGAAAGGCUCUAUGGUCUGAUAAGGAAAGUCUUCAUUGAUGAAGUAUUAGCUUUAAAAAAACAGGAGAGUAUUUCACCUGUGUUCUUUCUGUAGUGUGGAAAUUGUGUUUAUUAAACUAUACUGUAU